AAAAUGGGUGGUUGUUGAGACAAAGAUAAGAAGGAAGACGGAGAAAUUGUUGAUGAGGAUUUAGUCACAGAUCAAGUUAUUAAAGAGACUAUUCUACCUCUUGGGAAGGCGAUUAAGCCAAAGUCUGAAAAGGAAGUAAUGGCAAAGAUAGAGAAUCAUCUUAUGAGCAAGAAAAGUACUAUGGGAAAGAAUUUAGAAGUCAAUUAUCUCAAAGAGAAUUCUUGUUCGAAUCAAAAGUUCAAAGUAGAAUCAAGUCUCUCAUAUUUGGAUAGUUCUUCUGACGAUGAAGUCUAUAUUCCAGUGAGCAAGAUGGAAAUUCCUGAUGAUGUAGAAAAUAAGAGUGAUAUGAAUAAUGGAAAUAAAAAUCAAAAGAACAAUCCUUCUGUUGAAAGCAACACAAUAGAAAGAGAUAAGCAAGGGGCUAAAACAAGGAAUGAUCAAAAAGCAAAAUCUAGUCAAAAGAAAAAUAACUCCAAACCUAAAAAUGAGAGAGCUAAGCUUGGAGCUAAGAAUAAUAUUUAUGGUAUUCCAGGUUAUACUACAUCUGUUGAUUUGGGAAGCUAUCAGGUAAUUCCAGGCUCAUUCGGUGGCCAUCAAAUAGGCUCUUCAGGAAUUUCAUUUAAGCCUUCUCAGAUUGGGCUUAAUAGUAGAUACCAUAAUCUUGAGAGGAAUCAUACAACAAAUUUCUCUAACUUAGAUAAUGAUUUUCCUCAAACUGGACUUCUUGGCAAAAUAAACAAGAAUGGCCUCCUUCAUGCUGAUACUUUAUUAAAUCAAUGGAAAAUGCCAAGCGGAUUCGACACAACCAAUAAAUUUGGCUUUUAAAUGUUUACCAACCAUA